CUACACACAUAAUUUAAACCCCAGGGUCGUUCGCCUGGGUUUUCGUCUCCAUAUAUAUAUAUAUAUUCUUAUCUGAACUUUCGCCAAAGUCAGAAUUUGGAUUUCUGAUAGAAUUUGUUCAAGAAUAUGGAAAAAUUAGGUCCCAAAUAUUAUGGAAUUUUGCAUGGAAUAUUGCUUAUUGUUAUUCUUAUGCGUAACAUUGAAUGUCAAGUGGAUACAACCGAUGAACCAAAAAUGAAUGAAUCUUCUUUGAAUGACAAUGCAAAGACCACUUCUCCUGGUCCAACAUUGGCAAUGAGUUUGGGAUAUGGGUUUCUUUGUGUAACACUAGUCAAUUUAAGCGCGUUACUCGGAGUUAUAUUUACCCUUCUCAAAAAAUAUCGUUUUUUUCCUACACUACUCUCAUUUAUGGUUGCUACUGCUGUUGGCUCUUUAUUAUCAACUUCCAUAAUUGUACUUAUACCUGAGGCAUUGGAACUUGUUGGCAAUUCGAAUGAAAGUCAUCCUUUGGGUACCAAUUGGUAUUUACCUAAAGCGAUAUCUGUAUGCGCUGGUGUAUUAUUUUUCUACAUUUUGGAAUAUAUGCUCCGUCUUCUUCCAUAUUGUUUCAAGGAUAAAGAAUUAAAAUCUAACAAACAAAAUGGUGUUGAUAUGGAGCAUAUUCAUGACCACCACCACCACCAUCAUAAUUAUGGUUCAUAUAAUCAUAGGAAAACUCCAACAGUUAUAGCUAUUGAAUGUGCUGGAGACGGUGAUAAAACUGAUCCUGUAGUGAAUAAUUCUACACCUAAUCAUCAUCAUCAUAAUCAAUUGAAACCGACAAAUAAGUCUCAAAAAGCAGGUGAUGUCAUCAGUGUACAUUGUGAAACAUCGAAUGAAGAUGGGAUGAAUUAUUUGCCUACAUAUGAUGAACUUUCUACAGAUCUUAGUAAACCAGUUAACGGUGAAGGAUUAAAUCUAGACUCAUCGAUUGAUUUCUUAUCGCAUACAAAGGAAGAGCGUAAAACUUGGGCACAAAGAAUCCGUGAUCUAGAACCAGUUGGUUGGAUGAUAUUCAUUGGAGAUGGUGCACAUAAUUUUAUGGAUGGAUUAUCUAUAGGUGUUGGAUUUUCACAAAGUAUUGGUUUGGGUAUAAGUUUAACACUAGCUGUGUUAUGUGAAGAAAUUCCACAUGAAUUAGGUGAUAUUGCUGUACUUUUACGUUCUGGUUUAACUGUACCAUUGGCUAUGGCAUUCAAUUUCGCUUCUGCGUGUACAGCCUAUAUUGGAUUUUUUAUUGGUAUAUCUGUUGGUGAAUUGUCUGAUGUAGCACCAUAUGUGUUUGCUGUUACUGCUGGAUUCUUCUUGUACAUUGCACUUGCAGAUAUGCUUCCAGAAAUGCGCGCUAUGGAAGAUGCUAAAAAAGCAGAAAGUGGCAGUGGUUGGGGAAUAUUCUUUACUAAUCUUCUCGGUUUAAUGUUUGGUUUUGGAUGUAUUGUUACGAUUACAUUCACUAGCCAGUAUAUUAAUAUUGGAUAAUUGUUAUUUUAAAAAAAGCAUAUAUAUAUAAUUAUUGACAGUGAUCAGGACAAUGAUAAUAAUUGAAAGAAAAAAAAAUAUGCAAUAAUGACAGACAAUAAGAUGAUUACACUUUAUAAUUUUGACAAGUUUUACCCUCUUUGUUUGUUUGUUUGUUUCAUUUUCACAAUUUCUCCCGGUUCUUGCUUUUUUCUCCUCUAUCUCUCUCUCGUCCCAGUCUUCUCUUUACAGUGUUGUUUGUUUUCCGGAUGUGUGGUUUUGUACUCGGACUGAGUAAAUUUUGGUCAAUUGUGGUGAUGUGUCAGUAUUAUUACAUCCAUCCUGCCCGCCCACCCCCUGUCUUCACCUACUCCUAACUCCAACAAUACAAUGAAUGAUCCAGUGUAAUUUUAUAAUAAUAUGAUUGUUUAUUUUUUUCCUUUUGCUGAAAACUGUUUUUUUUUCUAUUCCUUGAUACCCUUUCAACUAUACACUUUAAGGGGGAGAGAGUUGCUCAAUAUGUGGAUUUAAUCAGUGAUACUUUCUCUCCUUAUUAUUCUUCUUAUUUUCUUUUUUGUAACUUGUUUCUCCCCUCUCUUCUUUGUGCACCUUGUUGCCUUGAAUUCUCCAACCCCACCUCCCUCUCUGUCUCCUCUUUGUCUACACAAACUUUUAUUACUUCUAAGAGUAUUUAUUGUUGUUAAUCUUCAUAAACACUAUUUAUUGUUACUACCAACAACACCUGUGAAUACUAAUACUCCUUUAUCAGAUUUGUAUAGAUGACACAAUGUGUACUAUGUGUGAAUAGAAAUAAGGCAGAAUUUGACAAGUAGCUAUAACACAGUCCUCUCUACAUGUGUAUACAAAAAGAUAUCUGCGUUGCUAAUGUACUAACUGAUGUGGAUUUUUACAAUAAAUUUAUUCAAAGUUUUGACGAUGAAGAUGAU